AUGGCCGCUGAAGAAAUUCUGAAGCUCUUUGAUUCUUAUUGGUUUGAACAUGGAAUAUUUACUAGCAAGCAUUGCUUAGCAUCUUCAACUAGCAAGCCUAUUCAUGAUCAAGAAGAACAUGAGCUUGAAAAAUCAAAGCUUGCGAGCAUAGUAAACCUUCAAGUUCGUUCUCUAAGUGAUCACUGUGUCAGCUAUGAUACAGGUUUCAGCCCAAAUGCUGCAUCUCCCAAGUCAGCGAUUUCCACACCAACACUGCCAAAGAUACUCUCUGGAGUAGAAGUGAGUGAUUUCUCUGAAAGGAUUGAAGAGCAAGAAAAGAUUGAAACCACAACCACGAAAAAAUUCAGUAACAGGAGGAGGAGGAGUAGAGGUAUUAGCAGAAGCUUAUCAGAAUUGGAGUAUGAGGAGCUUAAAGGGUUCAUGGACUUGGGAUUUGUGUUCACAGAGGAAGAUAAGAGCUCAAGUUUGGCUUCAAUCAUACCGGGAUUGCAGAGAUGGGGAAAGCAAGGCAGCAAUGAACUAGUCCACGACAAGUAUGCAGUGUCAAGGCCUUAUCUUUCUGAAGCAUGGGGUGUUCUGAAUCAGAGGAAGGUAAAUAAACUACCAGUACGCUGGAGAUUUCCUGAUGUGGACAAUGAAAUCAACAUGAAAGACCAACUUAAAGCUUGGGCACAGACUGUUGCAUCAACUGUUAGAUAA